AAGUCUCCUCACGCACCCUUUACGGGUCCAGCCGGCGUCGCACGCGGACGACCCUAGGCGCCGCGACGCUACCCUCCGUCAUCAUCCCACUUCUGAGGACCGCGGCGCCGCAGCUGACGUCACUCCGCCACCGGUUACCAUGACGACCUAUAGCGCGGUCAAAAGCACGCCGUCUCAUACCAUCGCCUACCUAACUCUUCGGCACGGCACAGCUGAAACGAUCGGUUUUCGUUCUUCGGCGGUGAAGGUGAACGCGGCGAGCACCCAGGACGAGGAGCUGAAAAGCAGCAGCCCCUGUUCAACGGGGAGGGGGGCUCUGUGUGCCGUUCGUAACGUUUUAUUCGGCCGUUUGGGCGUCCGCUGAUGAGCCCUCGACCCCACGAUGGGCCAGACCGAAAGUAGAGACGAAGGCGCCGAAGACGACCCAGAAAAAUACGAUUCGAGGAGAAAUUCUGAUAAUCUGACCGACAGUGAAGUAGCGUGCGAAGAAGCCGCCCGCCUGACAGCAGAACAACAAGAAGGAGAUGAAGAAGAACUGUCCUAUUGCGACUACCAUGACCUACCGCCGCCCCCUGAUGGAGGUUAUGGUUGGGUGGUGGUAUUCGCUUCAUUCAUGUGUAACAUGAUCGUAGAUGGAAUCGCCUAUACUUUUGGCGUGUUUCUUAAUCCUAUGGUUAAUUAUUAUGGGGAAACAAAGGGUAAAACAGCAUGGGUGGGCUCUCUCCUCUCAGGAAUGUAUCUUAGUGCAGGACCUCUAGUGAGCGCCCUAACAAACAAAUUCGGUUGUCGCGCGAUAUGCAUAGCCGGUGCCAUAAUAUCUACUACAGCCUUCGUCUUGUCAAUUUUCUGCCCGACGGUAAACUGGCUGAUGUUAAUUUACGGAUUCAUCGGCGGUAUCGGGUUCGGUUUGAUCUACUUGCCAGCAGUAGUAUGCGUCGGUUACUACUUCGAAACCAAAAGAUCUCUAGCGACUGGAAUAGCGGUGUGCGGUUCGGGGGUCGGUACCUUCGCUUUCGCCCCCUUAGCCGAAAUUUUACUAGAAGCCUACGGUUGGCGCGGCGCAAAUUUAAUUUUGGCUGGGCUCAUUUUGAAUUGCGUAUUGUUUGGGGCUCUGAUGAGACCACUCACGUAUCCGAAGGAGUCUGGGGAGACGCCUCUGCUGCAACGGAUGGCCGAAGAGCGAAGAAUCCAGAUGGAGCGAGGCAGCAUUGGAGGGUCGUAUUUCUUAGUGAAGUUACCCGAUGGUACUGUGGAGAAAAGGAUGAAACAGCCAUUGAAUAUUGAUCCAGGUGUCCACUCGAGCCUUAACCUGGAUCAAUUAGCACCAGGUACUCCCAUAACUCCCAUUCCGACUGUUCCAACGCUACCAACUAUCGCUGAAGUGAAAAUCACGGAACAGAGUGGAAGUUCAGGAAGUCCCAGUCCGGGCGAGAGUCAAACGGAAAUCAAACAUCCCCGUCUCACCGAGCUAAAAAAUCAGAUGAAUAACGCUUUAAGUGAAGGGAAAGAUGCGAAAAUGCCGAGGAACGCUAGCCAGCCCGCUUUCUCCUCGCAAAUGCCCGGUUUGCCCAAGAACGGUUCAGUGCCAACAUUCGAUAGAAUAAGAAAAACUUCGGUCAGCGAAAGGUUCAAGCCCACAUUAGAUCCAAUCAAAUCAACUUCCAGGGGUAAACUUGGCUCCAACGCUGACAUGAAAAAACUGAGAAACGCUUCCACCGGCUCAUUUUUAAGUCGCAACAAUAAUAGUGAGGUAGAUGUAGAAAGUCUCGGGUUCACCACCUCCAAAAUGUCCAUCGCCAGUAAAAAGGGAAAUAUGGUUCGACCCAUGUCGAGGAAAGACAUUUUUUAUUCCGGAUCAGUAACGAAUCUGCCGGAAUUCCAUCAGUCUCAGAAAUCCUUGACAAAUUACCGCCAAAGUAUUAUGAGCAUUCCCAAAAUGAAACAGCUCGAGGAUGAGGGUUCACCCGCUGAUAUUUGCCCGUGCCUUGCAUUGCCUGAUAGCUUUAAGUCUGCCUUGUCCCAAAUGAUGGACAUGAGCUUGUUAAAAGACCCAGUGUUUAUGUUUAUAGCAAUAUCUAAUUUAUUUGGGAUGGCUGGAUUAUAUGUUCCAUUUGUUUAUCUCGCCGACUGCGCUAAACAAGAUGGUAUAGAAACUACGCAGGCGUCGUUUCUUAUUUCCAUCAUCGGUAUAACGAACACGUUCGGUCGUGUCGCUUGCGGCUAUUUCGCCGAUUUUCCGCAAGUUAAUGCGCUGCUGGUCAAUAACAUUUGUCUUGUCAUUUCUACGGUUGCCGUUGCUGCCACACCGUUGUGCCAUACUUAUGCAGCUUACGUUACUAUGGCGGUCGCUUUUGGAAUUGCCGUGUCCGGAUACAUUUCGCUGACCUCCAUCAUUUUGGUGGACCUGCUUGGGUUGGACAAGCUCACCAACGCCUUCGGACUGUUAAUUUUAUUCCGUGGAGCGGCCGCCAUAAUUGGGUCUCCAAUGGCGGGAGCCAUUUACGAUAGUACAAAGUCAUACGAUGUGUCUUUUUAUGUUGCCGGAGGGUUGUUUGCUGUCUCGGCCUUUACUAGUUUCCUAGCGCCUUAUAUGAAAAGAUUCUCGAAUCAAGAAGAGCAGGCCCAGGGCGAUGGGGACGCGCUUACUCCUAUAGAUGAAGACGAGGAAGAAGACGAACCGAUCACAAUGGGUGGAAAAAAACCACUACCGAAAAUAAUCGAGCCUGCUACAAGCCCUAACGAGAAAGAAAUCAAGCAAAUAGAAUCGGUUCUCUAAACAAGUUGUAUGUGUCAUAUUAUGCGCAUGUCUUACAUAAACACAAAAGUUUUUUUUGCGCGAAACGGGGGUUGUUUUAAAUCCCAUAUUCGAGAACAAAAAAAAUCUGAUAAUGGGCGCCAAUAACUAAAAAAAAAAGAAGCAAAAUGUGAUAUAAUUAAAGAGUCUAUUCCGUUGCUUUUGGAGUCACAAAAGUCGCGUCUUAAGUGUAUGUAUGUCAUUGUUUGAGUGAUUACGGAAGGCCUAAACGUGUUUAUGUAAGUCAUCGUCUUUGUAUAAUUGUAUAUUAGAUGAGUUUGGUGGUAUGCGGCCAUUGUGAGUAUUGAAAGAAUGUAGAUAUAUAAAGUGAGUGGUAUUAUUAGUUAAUAUACUUUAAUAUUUUCUAUUCA